AUGACAAGGAAAAUGAUCAUGACCGGCCUAUCCAUUAGCAGCAGUCCGAAAAUAACGAUGGUGACAACUAUGGCGUUGACAAUAAUGAUGGCGAUGUCCCACCAAAUGAACUUAUAUGGCCUUUCAAGGCAGCGCUUUGAGACAAGGAUCAAGCACGAAGCUCUCAAAUUUUUCGAAAAAUGCAAUGCCAGUGACCCUAUCGCCAACGACCAACAGUAUUGGAUGAAAUGCGGCCUUUCAUCCAUUCUCGACCUUGCCAACGUGCAAUUAACUAAGGAAUUCCUUAAGUGCGACGACAAUGAUGAUUGGGAACCUAUCCAAGACUUACUCACGACCAAAUACCAUGUCACGGAACCUCAUCUGUCUGAGCUCUUCGGCCAAACUUGGGACAUUGUUGAGGCUACAUUGACGUGUACCAACGAUAUUAAUAAGGCUAAGACGUAUGUCAACAAGGCUAAGUCCCAUUGUCGUGAGACAGGGAAGUAA